GGGAGGCAGCGCAAGGGAACCUGCUUUGUGCAGACAGUAGCUAUGACAGUAAAGCUCUUUUUGGGAGGAGAACGGAGCUCAGCUCAGCUCCUUGGUAAUGUGAUUCUUCAGCUGCCAGGAGAAAGGGAGGCCGCCUGCCCGGUGAUUGGGAAGAAAUCUCGUUGUCUUUGUGACUAGCCAUGCUUGCCAACUCGGCCACGAUGCGGAUCCUCAUCAAGGGGGGGAAGGUGGUGAAUGACGACUGCACCCUGGAGGCUGAUGUCUACAUUGAGAAUGGCAUCAUCCAGCAAGUGGGCCGGGAGCUCAUGAUCCCGGGAGGGGCCAAGGUCAUCGACGCCACCGGGAAGCUGGUGAUCCCAGGCGGCAUCGACACCAGCACUCACUUCCACCAAACCUUCAUGAACGCCACCUGUGUGGACGACUUCUACCACGGCACCAAGGCUGCUCUGGUCGGAGGGACGACCAUGGUCAUUGGCCACGUGCUGCCUGACAGGGAGACCUCCCUCCUGGACGCCUACGAGAAGUGCCGGAGCCUGGCCGACCCCAAGGUCUGCUGUGACUACGCCCUGCACAUGGGCAUCACCUGGUGGGCCCCGAAGGUGAAGUCGGAGAUGGAGAGCCUGGUGCGGGAGAAGGGGGUGAACUCCUUUCAGAUGUUCAUGACCUACAAGGACGUGUACAUGCUGCGGGACAGCGAGCUCUACCAAGUCUUCCUCGCCUGCAGGGACAUUGGCGCCAUUGCCCGGGUGCACGCUGAGAACGGGGAGCUGGUGGCAGAGGGUGCGAAGGAGGCGCUGGAUUUGGGCAUCACGGGACCAGAGGGAAUCGAGAUCAGCCGACCGGAGGAGCUGGAGGCUGAAGCCACGCACCGUGUGAUCACCAUCGCCAACCGAACUCACUGCCCUGUCUACCUGGUCAACGUGUCCAGCGUGUCUGCCGGCGACGUCGUGGCUGCCGCUAAGAUGCAAGGGAAGGUGGUGUAUGCAGAGACCACCACGGCGCAUGCCACGCUGACGGGCCUGCACUAUUAUCACCAGGACUGGUCCCACGCUGCUGCCUACGUCACCGUGCCGCCCCUGCGGCUGGACACCAACACCUCCACCUACCUCAUGAGCCUGCUAGCCAACGACACCCUGAAUGUCGUGGCUUCGGACCACCGGCCUUUCACCAGCAAGCAGAAAGCCAUGGGCAAGGAGGACUUCACCAAGAUCCCGCACGGCGUGAGCGGAGUGCAAGACCGCAUGAGCGUCAUCUGGGAGCGGGGUGUGGUCGGGGGGAAGAUGGACGAGAACCGCUUUGUAGCCGUGACCAGCUCAAAUGCAGCCAAGAUCCUCAACCUGUACCCACGGAAGGGCCGCAUCAUCCCUGGGGCCGACGCAGACAUUGUGGUGUGGGACCCUGAAGCCGCCAGGACCAUCUCUGCCAGCACCCAGGUGCAGGGGGGAGACAUCAGCCUGUACGAGAACAUGCGCUGCCACGGGGUGCCGCUGGUCACCAUCAGCCGCGGGCGCGUGGUCUACGAGAACGGCGUCUUCAUGUGCGCUGAGGGCACUGGCAAGUUCUGCCCGCUCCGCUCCUUCCCCGACUCCGUCUACAAGAAGCUUGUCCAACGGGAGAAGAGUAUAAAGCUUAGGGGCGUGGAGCGCAGCCCCUACCUGGGGGACGUGGCUGUGGUUGUGCAUGCUGGGAAAAAGGAGACGGGGACUCCACUUGCAGAUACCCCCACCCGACCUGCCACUCGACACGGGGGCAUGAGGGACCUUCACGAGUCCGGCUUCAGCCUAUCCGGUUCUCAGAUCGAUGACCACGUUCCAAAGCGAGCUUCGGCCCGGAUUCUCGCUCCCCCCGGAGGCAGGUCUAGCGGCAUUUGGUAAAACCAGCGACCUGUCCCCAAACUAAGGACGCAGCAGCAGCACCCCACUCCUCCUGCCGGCCCCGCCCCCACCAGAAGACCUGGCCGUGCCACCUCCACGCCCACCCGGGCACCGAGACACCACAGUGCUGUCCUGCGAGCCGUGCCCUCCUGUGGGUGGGCCAUGGCAGGGACUGCCCUCAAUGUGUGGCCAUGCACCCGCAUUCAGCUGCAGCCGCUUUCUGUGGGAUAACGUUUGCUUUGCAGGCUGCGCAGCUGGGCUCCUGGGCCCACGGCGUGCAGCGGGGGGCAGGUGGGGCGCUGGUGCGGGCCGGGCCAGGCCGGGGGAGGGAGGGAGGGCGGCCUCUACGUUCCAUUUUCUGUUUGCACGUUGGAUUUGGAUCAGUGAGUUUUGACUUGUUUGUGCAUCACGUGAAAAUAA